AUGCUGCAUGAAAGUACCAAAAAAAUAAAUUACUCACCUAGAACAGUUCAACCUUCAGUACCUCAGCAAACACCACCAUAUGCAGCAGCUCAACUUUCCAAAAUUACUGCAACAACUCAACUCCCAACAGUGGACCCACUAUUAACAGCAUUAGCAAAUUCACCAUCAUCAGCGAAUCCAAGAGAGCCAACACCUGUGGCAGCAUUACCAGGAUUAAUUGCUGACUCAACAGAGAUUUCACCAAGGGCAGCAAAACCUGAAUCAACUGAAGAAAAGUCAUCCUCAUCAGAAGUGGUUGCAACAGUAGUACUUGCAUCAACAAAUAAUGUUGCUCCAAUGGUCAUUCAAGAAAUCACUCCAGAAUCCAGAAUAGACCUACCAACAAUUUCAGAAGAAGAUCAGGGGAUAUCAUCACUCCCACAAGCAGAAGAGGCUUUCCCAGCAUCACCUCAGGAAGAUAUACUGGCAUCAAGAAUAGUUCCAGAGCCAAAAGAUGAAGCAUCAUCAGCACCCAGAGUAUCAUUUGCAGCUGUUGCAGAACCAUCAGAGCAGCUAACAGACAAGGAUUCUUCACCAACACAAGGAGAAGUGCCGCCUGCAAGGAGGAGGAUACAGAGGUACAAAAAAGCCGCAGUUCAUAGUGAGGAUUUUUUAUGGUAUCAUCACAAGGAAAGGAGAAUUGUAUCAUAA